GGGGAAUAGAUUCAGAUAAAGAUAAAGAAGGUGAAAAUGAAUCAGAAGAAAAUACUUAUAAAUCCAUAUCUUCUGGUUUUUUAUUCUUGGGUGAUGAUGACGAUUUAGAAAAAGAUACAGAUGAUAAUGAGGAAGUUACGAAUAAUGAUGAGUAA